GCAGCCGGGAGGGUUUCGCAGCGGAGCGGCCGCCCAGGAGCGCUGACGAUGUCUGAGCUGGAGAAGGCCGUGGUGGCCCUCAUUGACGUCUUCCAUCAGUAUUCCGGAAGGGAAGGUGACAAGCACAAGCUGAAGAAAUCGGAACUAAAGGAGCUCAUCAACAGUGAACUUUCCCAUUUUUUAGAGGAAAUCAAAGAGCAGGAGGUUGUGGACAAAGUCAUGGAAACACUGGACAGCGAUGGAGAUGGCGAAUGCGACUUCCAGGAAUUUAUGGCUUUUGUUGCCAUGGUGACCACUGCCUGCCACGAGUUCUUUGAACACGAAUGAACUAGAGAAAGCAGCUGAGCUGUUCCUGUAGCAGAGACGAAGGUCGUGCAGGGAAGCGGAAGCAGGACUUACAGUGUAGUAGGAGCUGAGCUUUCCAGCUAUGUGUAGCUAAUUAGGAAGCUUGAUUUGCUUUGUGAAUGAAAAAUUGAAACCUCUUUCCAAGGGCUGCUUUUAGUAGCCCCACGCAUUAUGUCUGCACUAUUGGGCGUCCAUGGUCGCUGACUGGCCCCAGGGACUCUUGGUAAUCGUCACUUAGGAAAGUCAAUUCUCAGUCACAAAGCGUGUGCUGUACUGGCUAUGCUGGCUGUGUAGACCCCUAACCCAGAAAAAACAAACUGACUACCAGAAAUGGCUGGAGCAGUGUGGUUUCCUAAGCUUCCACUACACUUAAAAACACAAAGCUGUGUCCACCGUCCUUUGAAGAGGCUGUCCUUCAUGAAAUCUGCUCAUCAUAGCGUGGUGGGUGGCCUGACAGUCUGUCCCACCUGCCAAAGAUCAUGGUCACAUUUAGAGCCCUUUCUGAUGGGUGAGCUGUGAUUCCUGAGUGCGUAGUUAAGGCUAACAGUUCUAAACGGAAAAUCUGUUUCAGAAGCCAACAAGUACUGACAUUAUAACUGUAAUCAGGACUGAGAAUCAAGCUUCUACAUUCAGUGGGGUCCUCCCGACAGGAUCACACUUUGCUGGAUCUGUGGGAUGUGGGGCAGCGGGGGCAGGGGGCUCACGGGGGUCUCAGCUUUGCCUCUGGAGACAGCUGAUCCGAUGCUCUGCACCUCCUGUCCUGUCUGUAGAAUGAGGGUUAUGACGGAUGUGUCUGGUCGGUUGGUGAAGGUCAUUCCUGACCUGUCUGUGCGCAGACAGGGUCUGCUUGUGGCUGUUGGUGAGGCCGGGGAACUUUAUGACCCUUAUGCUGUUGUAUCCACCAAUUCAAAUAAAUCAAGUUGCAAAUAUUAAGAAUCACUUCCAGGAAAAUUCAAAUUAGGCUUAUCCACCCUUUUUCUGUUUUGCUUUUUCUUAAAGACUCAGACUUGGAAAUCAUCAACUAAUUGAUCGCUUGCAUUUGCAUUAAAUAAAAAUCAUUGUAACAAGUUUCUGUAGUCAUUAAACAUGAAAUAAAACCUAAAUUCCUGCAAAACUG